AUGAUUAAGGAGUUACAUCGAAAAUAUGCCAACAUCACAACAAAGGCCUUGGAGCUCCUCAAAUCACUGUGUGGGGAUAGUCAGAAGAAAAGGAAAAGAUCAGUGAUCAAUGGUAUUGUGGAGCAUCCUAUCCUCAGCAAGGAAUUUGCAUCUAGGGGCCAGGUUGAUUUGAUUAACAUGCAAUCAAUGCCACACUUCAACUUUAAAUGGAUUAAACGUGCUGCAGAGGUUGCCUUUCAGCUUGUAGAUAUCUUCCUUCUCAUGGGUACCCCUGCUGUUCUACAAGGUGAUAAUGGCUCAGAGUUCACACCCAGGGUGAUUAUUAAGCUAAAAGAAAUAUGGCCAAGUCUCACCAUGGUUCAUGGGAAGCCCUAUCAUCCACAAAGUCAGGGUUCUGUGGAACGUGCGAAUGGUGACAAUAAGUAUAUGUUAGUUAUCUGGUUUGCAGACAAUAAUUCACAAGACUGGUCAGUUGGUAUCAAGUUUGUUCAGUUUCAGAAAAAUGCUGCUCACCAUUUAGGGAUAAGUGCUCUCCAUACUCUGCUAUGUUUGGUUGUGAAGCCAGAGUUGGCCUGA